CUCCUCGGUUGCUAAGGAUAACGAAGUUCUUGCUACUGUUACUCAGAUUAGUGUUUAACCGUGAUAUACGUCACCGAUUGAGGACGAAUAUCGUGUAGUGGCAGAACCGAUGCUAUAGCGCAUGAUCCGCUUCGUUGCACUGUGUAAGCGUCCGUAUGCCCGCCAGUGUGCAUUGUAUAACCUAAUGAAUGGAUACGUGAUUUAAAUUGUUUCAAUAAUAGUACUGAGCGGUAAUUAUAAAAAAGACAGAUGUAUGUAUUGUAUAGCCUAAUGAAGAGAUAGUUUAUAAACGUAUAUAAUACUACUAGACGAUAAUUAUGUAAAGACAGCUCACAGUCCCUACGUUUGCUGCCCGUCACAUUUACAUUUUUAUGUGCGAUCGAUGCACAUGACUUUCUUUCACUUACAGGAUAAAACGUUAGCUUAAUUGAAGGUCUCGACGAACAAAAUGUUCCGCAAAUUAUAGCGGGCAUGGAGUUGGAUUUCACCGUGAGUUUACGUCGAUUUAGGUUCGCUGUAUUGUUGCUGAUCGUAUUUGUUUUAGUGUAUAUAGUUAACGUCCCCACUGAGGUAACUUUUUUUAAGCCUUCUCAUUGGUACCGAGGACGUACCACUUUCAUACCAAAACAUCAUAACGACUGGAUAAUGCAUUUAUUCGAUAGUUCACGGGAUGAAUUGGAAAUGAGGAUAUUGAACGCUACAGAUAUGAAGAUAAUACUGGUGUGGAUUCCAAUGUUUGGUAUGAAGUUACCACGCAAAAUCGACGCAAACAAGUGUGGUAAUUGUGAAAUAACAUACGACAGAGAAAAGAUAGACGAUGAAAGAACUGGAGCGGUUGUUUUACACUUCGAUGGAAUCAGAGACGAUGAUUUGCCCCCGACAAGAAACCUUAGUCAACUUUACAUAUACUGGGUCCUGGAAUCGACUGCAACCCUUCGCGUCACCGGAGAAGAUUCUUUAGAGUUCGAGGACAAUUUCCAUUUCAAUGCAACUAUGACAUACAGAAGGGACUCCGAUUUCUAUCAAAGUUAUGAACACAAAUAUGGUGUGACAAGAAUUAUGGAAGAAAAUACGCUAACACUAGAGGAACUGCUUGCAAUGAAAACUAAACUUUCAGUCGCAAUCGUCUCAAACUGUGGCUCUACUGCUGGAGCGCGUACUCGAAUGAGAUUGUUGAAGACUAUAAUACGAUUAGGAUUUAAACUGGAUGGAUUCGGUGCAUGCUUUCGGGGAAGUGGCAAGUUUGCAAAUGGUAAAAGCCGAAGCGAACCUGAAUUCUUUGCGGAAGUCAGAAAAUACAAAUUUUACUUUUCUUUUGAGAAUUCCUAUCACUGUAAAGACUACAUUACUGAGAAGUUUUUCAACAACGCUCUCAGAUCCUUUACUGUUCCUGUUGUCUGGGGUGCGACGAGAGAGGAUUAUGAAGCAGUCGCACCACCUGGAUCAUUUAUAUUUGUUGAAGACUUUGAUUCUAUGAAGGCUUUAGUGGAUUAUCUUAAAUAUUUAGACAAAAACGACACGGCAUAUUUAGGAUACCUCAAGUGGGUGACAAUAAAGCCAAGAGACAUGCCUCACUACGGAAGAGCAAGGGAUUGGUGUUCAAUAUGCAGAGCGUUACAUGGAAUCAACAUUGACGACAUUUACAGUCCAAAAUACAACACGGGUAAUCCAAUUAGGCCAUUAUUUACAGACGGCGUCGCAACGAGGACUGUCGAGCAUUUGAAAGACUGGUAUUAUGGGGAAGAUAAUCCCGAGUGUUUUUCAAAGUAUUGACGAUCAAAGAAUCAGCGGAAUUCGGCCUUAUAUACUUCAGGAUAAGCGUACAUCUUUGAUUAGACACUGCCCUUUUAUAUUCUAUGCAACAUGCAUCAUUACCUGUUUAUUUUUGCCUCUAUUGAAUUCCUUUCAUCUCGGACAAAAUAUUGAGCAAAAACCUUACCUAUCUUUUAUUGACAUACAACAGUAUUUGCAAUACUUAAUUAAACGCGACUGCAGCUUUGUUAAGAUUAAUUAAGCGUAUUUAACAAUUAACUUUGGUUUCCCACGGUAGCCAUUUUUCAGUUUUAUUAAAAAUAAGAUCAGUUUUGUCAGAUUGCGAUUCCAUUGCCUUCUGUCAUUAGAUGUACUAGAAGUUACGUUUUUCAUGCUAAGAGAACGAUUAUUUUUUCCUGAUUGAUCACCGCGUAGUACAGGGGUGGGCAACCUUUUUCGGCUCGCGUGCUAAAAUCGGCUGAAUUUUCCGACAAAAUUCUUCCGCGUGCCGACCAAAAUUAAAAACAAUGGUAUGCUACUUUCGAAGCAAAAAUACACAAUAAUAAACCUUUUAAACAUGUACAUACAGAUUCACUAUUCCGGAAAAUAUCAGUUCGACAAAGAGGCUUGGUUACUUUUCUUAUUCUAUAUCAGUGAGACUUUUGCUGCUGCAUUACCGCCAUUAGAGAUUUUACAUUGGAUUUAUAUUUUGUAACUUUCAACGAAAUACACGAACGAUUGGUUCCAUCUUUUAGGUUACUCCUAUUACGAGACUUAAUAUAGUUCAUUACUGAGAACAGAGAUUCACAAGCAUAUGUCGAUGAAAACAUGGAGAGUUUUAAAGACACGAAACAUUUUCGGGAAUGACGUACCAAUCACGCAAUAGUUCACUUGUAAUCGCUUAUAUUUCUUUCGAAAUCAAUUUAUAACAGUAAGUUAGCAAGUAACUGUGACCAACAUGAGCUGCACAACUUCAUGAAUCAAGCAGAAAUGACGAAAAGGGUGACACAGACGAACUAUAUUACGUAAGAAUGUAGCCAAAUGAAUGCUGCGCUCUCCUCGACAAAAUAUCGCAAAGCUCACUCAUUUGUUACGUCAUAAUAUAUUUCUUUGUAGCCAUAUUACAUGGAAGGACCAAAAAAAUAUCGGGUUGUUAACAAACGAUAAUGUCUAACAAACACCUAGUUUCAUCAGAUAAUUCAGAGUCUUGAAACUUUUUAUCUGAAGGAGAAUGAUCUCGUUUCCGAGACCACGCUCGCGUGCCGGAUUUGGCACGCUUGCGAGGGGUUGCCCACCCCUAGCGUAGUACAUGCACACACCUCACUGAAUUUGGUAAUAUUAUUUUAUUGCUUGUAUGUAUGCUCAUGUUCUAAUUGCAAUUUGUGUUUUUGUACCGAUAGCAUCCUGCACAUUUUCUGUGAUAAUCUGCACUUUCAAUGAUUUGCCGUACGUCUGGAUUUUUGAAGGCACGGGAAUUUUCUUCGCAGAGUCUGGUGCGCGUCUGGGUAUGGCUAAGUUCUAACAUCUAAAUUGUAAUUAAGGCGAAGACGACUUUGACGAAUGUGAACAUAGUAGAUAGACAGCUGCUUCUUGUUAACAUAAGGAUGCUUCUGUUUGGUGCAGGUGCAAAAGCUUUGCAUUCUUUUGUUUUGAGUUUCAAUCAUUCUUGGCUAUGCUAACAAUCGGCAACUGAGUGAUACUUCAUCAUAUAGGUAAAUAAGUGAGUAACUGACCAGAUGUUAGUUUAUUUUCUUGGAGUGUAUCACCGAAUAAACGUUCUCCUUCGUAACUUUCAUAGAAAUCCGAAUCACUCCUGCAACAAGAUUUCAUAAUUUUCAAUUUCUAAAUUAAAAUCUUCGCUGUAAAACGUUCUAUUGGGUGCUUGAAAGAGUAUUAUUGAAGAAAACCCUUCACUUCAAAAUGUACGGUCAUAGAUUCAACUUCCACUCAGGCUGGCUACCAGCUUACAUUAGUCACACGGAAAUAAUUUGAACGUUGGUGACUGAUUACACACUAGCUGUUGUACAACAUUUUUAGUAACAUCGACAAUUGUUAUAUUAAAAGACAAAAUAACGUGUUGAAUAAAUAUUUGCUUUCAAUUUUACCUGUAUGUCUUAUGUGAAAGUUGCAUAAUUUGAUUCCUACUGCACAAAAAUUUUACGUUUAUCUUUUUUCACACUGGAUCAAACAACAUCAAAAACGGCAGUUCUAAUCAUUUUGUAGAUAUUUGAAAUCAUGUUAUAACUUUUGUAGCGCGCAUUUUGUAAAUUUAAUGAUGUAUAUGAACUUGA